ACCCUAUUUACCAGAGCUGUUUCGCCGUCAGCCACUAUCUAACACAGCAAGGAAAAUAAAACAUCUAUUACAUCGCUCUUUGCCCCGUCCCGUAUGCGUAUAUGCGUGAGACGCGACAAUCUAGCUGAAUGCCCUAACUAACCCAGCUCAACAUCCCACCACAAUACCAUCCAGCGAUUGAAAAAGACCACCGCCCAACAUGGAUCGCGAAAAGGGUAAAUCCACCACCCGCAGGAUAACCGUCAAUGGAGAAAUAGAUUCAUGGAGGACGCCACACCAAGACACGUGGGAUAAAGUACGAUACGCGUUCCGAAUCAUAUCAUUCAUCGUCGGACUCCCGUUCUUCGGAAUAGCCCUCGCAGGAUUUUCGGCACCUUUCAAUUUAAUGCAAUAUCCGAUCAUGGGGAUUACGCUAUCUUCAGCAAUGUUACUUUAUGAUAUCGCAGAGUUGAUCGUCACGUGUGUUCAGAGGAGGAAGACAGGUAUCCGGCCGUCGGUAGCCCUUGGUUUCGAGCUGACGCUCUCUCUCGGGGGCCUUGUCACCUCAGCGUUCCUCGUCCUCGCCACGAUAAAUAUCUGGCAAUUGCACAUAAGCGCCGGUAACCGGAACAAUUGGCUAUCAUCCAUUGUCCCCGGCUACAGUAGGAGCAGGUUCUGGUUUCAGAUGGCUGCUGCUGAUACCGUGCUCGCCUUCUUCCUAUCUGUCUUGCAUUUUAUCCUGUUCGUCCGGGACUGCGUGGAGGUAGACUUGAAGCGGAAAGCUAUCAACCGAUUCCUGAAGAAGGCUAUGAAGGAAUCAUUUCAGCAACAAGAACCCCUCCAUGACACCACCACCACCACCCCUGGCGUAACGGAGGGAACAGUUGAGCUUGAUAACUACGAUUUCAACAAGUUCAACGACAAAUUUAAUGACAUCGACUAUAACGAAACGAGAGAACAAAAGUCAUUGGCGCACGACAUGUAUCUGAAGCGCUAACUUUACUAUAUAAUUUUCCUUAAUAUAUCAUAUUUCAUUUAAGAAGGCGCUCGCAAGGACAGCCACAACAAGGACGGGUGCGGAAAGAAUCACGGUUUGGAGUUUAUAUCA